AUGAGCGACGCAACGUGGGGUUUCAUUGGGUUGGGCCAUAUGGGUUAUCCCAUGGCGAAGAACCUCCGCGCGAAGAUGCCCGCCUCCAAUACACUGAUCAUUUUGGAUGUGAAUAGCGAUGCGAUGAAGCGAUUUGUUGAGGAGUCAAAGGCAGCGGCGAAGAGUAGUGGUGCGGGGGCCGAUUCGAUGAAGGUCGAGACUGCCCAGAACGCAAGGGAGGUUGCUGAGAAGUCGAGCGUGCUUGUCACCUGUCUCCCGUCGCCAGAAGUAGUCAAAACCCUCUACCACUCAGUUCUCAAACAUGGCAAGCUUCCGCCGCUGGAACAGGAACGCCUGUUCGUUGAUUCCUCAACGAUUGACCUGCCCUCAUCUAGACAGCUAGCCGAUGCCGUCCACAAGACACUCGGCGGCCGGUUUGUGGAUGCGCCCAUGUCAGGCGGAGUGGUUGGCGCCCAUGCAGGCACGUUGUCGUUCAUGUUCGGUGCAUCCUCGCAGCCAGGCGGGCAUAUUGAGCGAAUCAAGUCUGUUCUCUUACUAAUGGGGAAGAAGACCUGGCACAUGGGGGAGCAGGGCGCUGGGGUCUCCAGCAAGCUGGCCAACAACUACAUUCUAGCCAUCAACAACAUUGCCACAGCUGAGGCCAUGAAUAUGGGAGUACAGUGGGGCCUUGAUCCCAAGCUCCUGGCUGAUCUGAUCAACUCCUCUACUGGUCAUUGCUGGCCGAUGGCAGUCAAUAACCCUGUUCCCGGCGUGGUCGACGGCGCGCCCGCGUCAAAGGGAUAUGAACCUGGAGGGUCAGUGAGCAUCAUAAACAAGGAUCUGCGACUGGCUAUGGCCGGGGCGGACGCGUCUGGCAUUGCGUUGGUAUUGGCCGGUACGGCUCGCGAGGUGUAUAAUGCCGUUGACGAUGUCUACCGAGGUAAGGAUCUCUCGGUCGUAUAUCAAUGGCUGCAGGAUAAGCCAUCAAAAUAG